UUGGUUUGUGUAUUAGUAUAGUAGUAAGGGUUGACAUAAGCAUCAACAACAUGUCUUAUCAAGAGCCCGAUGAAAAUGACUACAUGGCGCAGGAAGAUCAAUGGGACAGAGAAGGAUUGUUGGAUCCAGCCUGGGAGAAACAACAGAGAAAGACAUUCACUGCCUGGUGCAAUUCUCACUUGAGGAAAGCAGGAACACAAAUUGAAGACAUUGAGAAAGAUUUCCGAAAUGGAUUGAAGCUUAUGCUCCUGCUGGAGGUAAUCUCUGGCGAACGUCUUCCAAAACCAGACCGUGGCAAAAUGAGGUUUCACAAAAUUGCAAAUGUCAAUAAAGCUCUUGAAUUCAUCGCAUCAAAAGGUGUAAAACUUGUCUCUAUCGGAGCUGAAGAAAUUGUUGACGGAAAUGCCAAAAUGACACUUGGUAUGAUCUGGACCAUUAUUCUCAGAUUUGCCAUCCAAGAUAUUUCAGUUGAAGAAUCAUCUGCCAAAGAAGGCCUUCUCUUGUGGUGUCAACGUAAAACAGCGCCUUACAAGAAUGUCAAUGUUCAAAACUUCCAUAUGAGCUGGAAAGAUGGUCUUGCUUUCUGUGCAUUGAUUCAUAGGCAUAGGCCAGACUUGAUCGACUAUGACAAACUGAGGAAGGAUGAUCCACUCACCAACUUGAACACUGCCUUCGAUGUAGCUGACAAAUAUCUUGAUAUCCCAAAAAUGUUGGACGCUGAAGAAAUGCUUGAAAUGGCAAAACCAGAUGAAAAGGCGAUCAUGACGUAUGUGUCAUGUUACUAUCAUGCAUUCUCAGGAGCACAAAAGACUGAAACUGCAGCUAAUCGUAUCUGCAAAGUUUUGAAUGUCAAUCAAGAAAAUGAGAGACUUAUGGAUGAAUAUGAAAGACUUGCUUCUGAUCUCUUGGAAUGGAUCAAUCGUAUGCGACCAUGGCUUGAGAACAGAACUACUGACAAUACAAUGGAAGGUGUUCAGAAGAAGUUAGAUGACUUCAGAGAUUACAGAAGGCAUCAAAAACCACCGAAGGCCGAAGAGAAGGGACAGCUUGAGGCUGCUUUUAACACUCUGCAAACUAAACUGAGGCUGAGCAACAGACCUGCAUUCAUGCCUUCUGAAGGAAAAAUGGUUUCUGAUAUCGCAAAUGCAUGGAAAGGACUUGAAGGUGCCGAGAAAGGAUAUGAAGAAUGGCUGCUAUCAGAAAUGAGGAGGCUCGAGCGUCUUGACCAUUUGGCAAAGAAAUUCUAUCAUAAGGCUCAAAUCCACGAAUCGUGGACUGAUGGAAAGGAAGCGAAACUCGCUGAACAGGAUUACAGACAAUGCCAAUUACAAGAUAUCAAGGCUUUGAUCAAGAAACAUGAUGCUUUUGAAACCGAUCUCGCUGCACAUCAAGACAGAGUUGAACAAAUUGCUGCAAUUGCCCAGGAACUCAAUGACUUGGAAUAUCAUGAUGUUGCCACCAUCAAUGAUCGUUGUUCCACCAUUUGUGAAGAAUGGGAUAGACUGGGUGAUGCGACUGGAAAACGCAGGGAGGCUCUUCUGAAUAUUGAAAGUUGCUUGGAAGCAAUUGAAAAAUUGAAUCUUGAAUUUGCCAAACGUGCAGCUCCUUUCAAUAUUUGGAUGGAUGGUGCCAUGGAAGAUUUGGAAGAUAUGUUCAUUGUUCACUCAAAUGAAGAAAUCAAGGAACUGAUAGCAGCUCACGAGCAAUUCAAGGCAACUUUGUCUGAUGCUGAGCAAGAGAAGAAUGUUAUAAUGUCGCUUAUGGCAGAUGUUGAAAAGCACAAGAGAAUGUACAACCUGAGCCAACACAUUGAAAAUGUUUACACCCUCUUGACGCCAGAAAAGAUUGAUAGCAAAUGGCAACGCGUAAAAGAGCUUGUGCCAAAACGUGACAACUCCCUUCAAAUGGAAUUGGCCAAACAAAUGAAUCACGAACGUCUCAGGGUCGAGUUCGCUACUCUUGCCAACAAAGUCGGUCCAUGGAUCACAGAAAAAACUGACGAGACUGUCCACAUGGCUCUCAACAUUAAGGGAUCUUUAGAAAACAAUUUAACAAGUUUGAAAUCUUAUCAACAAAAUAUUAUUGCUUAUCAACCUAACAUCGAUCAAUUGGAAACCAUCAACCAGAAAGUGCAAGAAUCUCUUGUUUAUGAUAACAAACAUACAACUUAUACAAUGGAACACAUUCGUGUUGGUUGGGAACAUCUUAAAACUACUCUCACACGAACCAUCAAUGAAAUUGAGAACCAGAUUCUUCUCAGAGAUGCAAAGGGAAUCACCGAAGAACAGAUGAACGAGUUUAGAAGUUCUUUCAAUCAUUUCGAUCGGAAGAAGAAUGGUUACCUUGAACCUGACGACUUUGCUGCUGUUCUUAUUUCUAUGGGAUACAGACUGGGAGAGGCUGAAUUCCAACGAAUUAUGGCAGUUGUUGAUCCUAACGCUACAGGAAUGGUUACUUUCCAAAGUUUUAUUGACUUCAUGACUCACGAGAACAUCGACAGCGAUACUGCUGAUCAAGUCAUUAAUUCUUUCCGCAUCCUAGCUGGUGAUAAGCCUUACAUCACGGCCGAUGAGUUGCGCAGAGAGCUACCCCCAGAUCAGGCAGAAUAUUGCAUUCAGAGAAUGUCUCAAUGGCGUGGACCUGAUGCGCCACCCGGUGCUCUGGACUAUGAAAGUUUCUCUACUGCUCUUUAUGGAGAAUCAGAUCUUUGAGCUAGCUCUUCCAUUAUAUGACUGAAUUUGAUAAAAAAAAAAAAUACAUGGCGCUUUAUCCAUCACACAAUAUGACAGAGAGAAAAUUAUGAAUAAUGAAAUCAAUGCUCUUUACUUUAUAUGGUUUUAAUUUGUCAAUUAUGAUUUCUGUAACAGUCAUCAGUCGUAUUAAGAUCAUAUUUUUGAGUUAUCCCGCUAUAAUAUAUUAAAUCUUAUUUUAACCAUGUGCUAUUUCACGAAUUUUGUCAAAAUAGAUUUCAGUGAAUGUGCUAGCUUUGGUGCUUUUUAUAAACAAGUGGUGAUUUCUAUCCAUCAUUCAUUCUUGAGCAGCAAAUUGUCGCUUACAAGAACUUUAUCCUUUUUUGUGUACCAUAUGCCCUAUAUCCUCCUGCUGGUGCCUCUUAUAAAUAGUAAUACAUUUUUUUUCUUAUUGUAGUUGCAUAAUAUACUCUCCUUUAAUCAAUGAGCAGGUUGAACUUGAUUGUUUUUUUGUAAAAUUCAAAACUCAUCAUGUCCUGCAGUUUUGUUUCUUCUUCUGCUGUUAAAUCGAAUGUAAGGGUAAAUUUUACCAUGAUUUUCAUGUAUAUCAAAUUGGGAUGAUUUUCUAUCAUGAAAUUCAUUUUUAAUAUUGAAUGCUUUCUAACACACGUGGCCAUCACCAUAUGCUCAUUUUUGUUUCGAAUUCUUGUACAUUUGACUGAAUUCUUUUAUAAAUAACUUUAAUUUUAAUCUAAAUUUUACAGUAGCACACUGUAUGUGCCAUUUGGGCUGUUUUAUGUGUUUAUGUACAUUGAAGUAAUUAACAAUACAUAAUUUGAGUUGUUGCAUUUGAAAAUAGUACAAAAAAAAUUCAGCAAUGAAAAAAUAAAUAAAAAAAUUGGUCAUGCACUGCAUAUUAUUUGUGUGUUUCACAGAUUGUGUUUUUUUGUUCGUUGGUAUAUAGUACAGGAUGCGUUUAUGAUACAUUUUUUUCCUUUGAAUAUGUCGAUAGUUGGGAGGUAUUCUAUCAACUUGUCAUUGGCCCCACUGCAUGUAAUCAUAAAGACAAUAUGUUUUAAGAUUAUAGGAUGUCGUAACUAGGAUUUGAUUGAUGGCAUUGUAAAAUCCGAAUCCAUCAAAGUAUCAUUUUAAAUUAAUGUUUGAAGAAUGUUUCUAUAGUGUCUUGUUUUGAACCAAUCUUCGAAAAGGAAGUCUCAAGCUUAUUCCAUAUUGUACCAGGCAGGAAGUAAAUUAAUAAAAUGUGUAUUAUCGAUCAAAAGUGUUGCAUUGUUUCUUCUGCUUUUCAUGCCAUAUUCAUUGCUUUUUUUUGCUGAUUAAUAAAGGUAGUUUUUCUGCUGUAGAUUUUUGAUAUUUCUGUAACAAAUAUAUUAUUUACUUCCACACCAGGCCUCUGUAAAUUGCUUUGCAAGUAGCAAUGUUUCUCGUUUGAUAGUUUGUAUCAUCAUGUGCUAAUUUUAAACGCUUCUUUUUGUGUGUAAUCAUAGUACCUUAUACUGUCAAUACCAGUGAUUGUGGGUGAUCAAAACCAUUGAUUAAAUUUGACUUUGAAACAAAUUUCAAUUUUUUUACAUCCUUAUAGUUUGAAGUAUGUGUAGCCUAUAUUAUGGGGCACUUAUUGAAGGGUAUAUUUGGUAUUCAAGAAUGGUUUACCAUGCUCUAUCAUGUGUCUACACAGCCAUUGCCUUCCCAAGUUUUGUUUCUAUAGCGAAAAUCAUUGCGGAUGUUCAUUUUGCUUUGUAUAUGAUUCUUUUCAUUAGAUAAUAUGUAAUCAACCAUUAGUAGCAAUCAAAUCAAUCGCUUUGCUUUAAAAACAGUCUCAUUUUCUUAGGAUUGAUCAUUUAAAAGCAUCAGAUUAGUUUUGUUAGAUUGUAAAAAUGGCUUGUACAGCAGAAUCUUUUUCACUAUGUAUCAGCAUUAUUGAGUUGUCUCAUCAAAAACCUUAUCAUUAACUUACAAUGAAAUGGAAAUAAAAUAUAAGUGCGGCCUAAUUCUA